UAGAGAAGAGGCAAAAUUUUCCAAGACAAGUGCCACAACAACAACUCUAUCACUGGUCUGGCUCGUGUUGGGUCUGCUAUUGGUUCGGUUGAAGAGUUUCACACUUUGAUUCUUUCUUUUAUCUUUCCCAUAAGAAAGAUUACUCUUUCCUUUUGUAUCUUCCUUCUUCUUAUUCUAUAAGAAAGAGAAAAAAAUAUAUAAUAAAUUAACAAAUAAAAAUAAAAGAUGGGUUGGAUUCCCUGCUCUGGAAAAUCAAACAGUAAAGCUAAGACCAAGAAGAAGAAGAUAAAUCAGCAGGAAAACCCAGUUGAUCAGAUCAAACCCCCUUCAGGUAAUUACAACACAACUCCGUCCAUAAAUGAGAAGGAGCCUUCCAGCAAUGGAGGAUCCGAUCACAUUGCAGCACAGACGUUUACAUUCCGUGAGUUGGCAGCUGCAACUAGAAAUUUUAGGGCAGAAUGUCUCUUGGGUGAGGGAGGUUUUGGUCGAGUAUACAAAGGGCGUUUAGAAAGCACUAACCAGGUUGUUGCAAUCAAGCAACUUGAUCGUAACGGCUUGCAGGGGAACAGGGAAUUCCUGGUUGAAGUUUUGAUGUUAAGUCUUCUUCAUCACCCUAACCUUGUUAACCUUACUGGUUAUUGUGCUGAUGGUGAUCAAAGGCUUCUUGUUUAUGAAUAUAUGUCCCUAGGAUCUUUGGAAGACCAUUUACAUGACAUUACACCAGGAAAGAAACGACUCGACUGGAAUACAAGAAUGAAAAUUGCAGCCGGGGCAGCAAAAGGAUUGGAAUAUUUACAUGACAAAGCUAGCCCUCCUGUUAUAUACAGAGAUCUGAAAUGCUCCAAUAUUUUGCUGGAUCAAGGGUACCAUCCUAAGCUUUCUGAUUUUGGCUUGGCAAAACUCGGGCCUGUUGGGGAUAACACUCAUGUGUCAACAAGGGUAAUGGGAACCUAUGGCUAUUGUGCUCCUGAGUAUGCAAUGACUGGUCAGUUGACUUUGAAAUCAGACGUAUAUAGUUUUGGGGUAGUUCUUCUGGAAAUUAUUACAGGCAGGAAAGCAAUUGACAAUUCAAGAGCUACAGGAGAGCAGAACUUGGUUGCUUGGGCAAGACCCUUGUUUAAAGACCGGAGGAAGUUUUCGCAAAUGGCAGAUCCCAUGCUCCAAGGUCAAUAUCCUGCAAGAGGAUUGUACCAAGCUCUUGCUGUCGCAGCAAUGUGUGUUCAAGAGCAGCCUAAUAUGCGGCCCGUCAUAGCUGAUGUCGUCACUGCUUUGACUUAUCUUGCUACACAAAAAUACAACCCUGAUACUGAACCAGUUCAAAGUUCUCGUUUUCCGCCCGGUACUCCUAAAUCCAAGAGAGACAGCGAGAAGAAAUCACAAUGGUGGUAGUGAAUGUGAAAACAUAAUAUUUUGUGAUUUUGCUAUGUAGAAAUACAUGCAGACUUCCUACUGCUUUGAGGAUUGACUCCACAUACUCUUGAAGAAUACCUACUACUGGUUCUGGCUGCUGAUGAUGAUAUACAAAGAUCAGACCUUUGUGAAUGCUUCUCUCACUUGCAUCUCAUUCGCUCUACAGUUAGCAAAUUUCCUGUGAUACGAAUAAAAAAAUGUCAAUCACAUUUGCUUCUCCAUUUUUUGUCUUUUUAGCUGGGAUGAAAUUUUUUACUAGUUUUGUCUUGGAUGUAUAUGCAAACCAAGAAGGUGGGUAGUAGUGGUUUUUGAUUGUAUAAAUUUGCAUUCUUUAUACUAUCUUAGGUGUCUUUUUUUUUUACAUGAUUUCACCUUGGGAGUUUUGUUGUACAGCUCUGCCUUUUAUUGAACUUUAUGAAGGGUUGUGUAAAUUUUGAUGAUUAAAACAUUAUUUAUUGCUACA